GUCCAUUAGAAUACUGUCACUUUGCACAAUGUUGUAGAGGGCAGCACAAUUUUAAUUUUAUUUUUCCGGUUUAUUACUCAUGUUUUUGUCAUAUAAUUUUUCAAAACAGAGACUUUUGAUGUUAUUUUUUUAUUUAAGGUAUAAUUAUUAUUUUUAUUUUUAACGCGUAAUCUAUAAAAUGAACGUAUAUUUACUGUGUAAAUAUUCAAGGUCAAAUAUUUUUUUUUUGACAGUUCCUUCUCGUAGUGUUUUAAACGUCAUUUAUUUUCAAAAAUCAUUUACAGAAAAAUAGAUAUGUGUUUAUGAUAUUUGUGUAUAUAUUAGUGUAAAAAAAGUGUGUGAAGAAGAUUUUGUUCAACAACAAAAAGAUUAAGCAAAUGAGGAAAAUGAAAAAAAGUGAUGACACUUGGACCUAACCUAAAAUGUCAAAUUUUUUUAUUUGAAUAAUUUUUUUAUUUUUAUGUCACUUUUGACGUUGUAGAUAAAUUACGAAGGAUUUUUUGCUUUAAUUUACACUCUUUUACAAUAUUUUGUGCUUCUAAAAAAUACAAACAAUGGAAAAAGAAAGAUUUACAAUGCUUCUCCUAGAACCAGGAGAAAUAUUUUUUGAAGAUUAUAGUGCCCAAAUGAGAUUUCACGAUUCUUUGGAUUCAAUAAAAAAUAAUGAAUGGAUUGAAGGAAGAUUGAAAGUUUGUUCAAAAUCUUUAGUAUUUGUAAAUAAAGAUAUUACUCAACCGUUGAUUAAAAUUCAAUUAAAAGAAACAACAUCUGCUGAGAUUUCUAAUUCUAGUAGUACAAUAUCAGGAUCUAACAGUUUGUCAAUUGAGUGUAAAUCUUUUGUUAAAAUGUUGGAAGGAAAUGUAUUGGCACCUUAUAAAUUUAUUCAUGAAAAAACUUGCUUUCAAUUUAAUUUCAAUUAUGCCAAUGUUGAGGAUUGUCUUGCACAAAUAUUGCAAUUAUUGAGAGCCGCUAGUCUCCCAACAGCUGAACAAAAUUCAAUGAUAAUGGCAAUAGUUCAUUCAAGACAAUCUCGUGUUUCUUUCGACACUUCAUGGCUUGAAGAUCUUUAUGAAGAAGUUGUUAUUGAAGUGCAAGCUAAUAAAGUUUUGCCACUCGUGAUCAAUCCAGGAAGGGUUUUACUCACAAAUAGUCGAAUAUAUUUUCAGCCUUAUAAUAAUAUGGAUCAGCAUCCAGUUUUAAAAAUUCAACUCAAGGACAUUAAGAAUGUGAUAAAAAGGAGAUUUCUCCUACGUCAAGUGGGACUCGAAAUUAAAUGGACAAAAGUGGCAGAAGGGAAGCCGGAAUAUUUAUUUUUAUCGCUAAGUAAUCAAGAGGAUAGAGAUAAUUUAUAUUCUAAUUUACUAAAACAAUCUCAAGUUAAUUUGGAGACAAUUCCGCAAAAUCAGAUGACAAUGCAAUGGCAAAAUGGAAUUAUAUCUAAUUAUGAUUAUCUACUUUAUAUUAAUAGUUUGGCGGAUCGCACAUUUCAUGACUUAACGCAAUAUCCUGUGAUGCCUUGGAUAAUCAAUGAUUAUACUUCCGAUACUUUAGAUUUAAAUGAUCCUAAUAUCUAUCGAGAUUUGAGUAAACCAAUUGGAGCUUUAGAACCCCAACGAUUGGAAAGGUUGAAGGAAAGAUAUGAUGAAAUGUCGGAACCGAAAUUUCUCUAUGGAUCGCAUUAUAGUGCGCCUGGAUUUGUGUUAUUUUAUCUCGUGAGAAAAUAUCCUCAAUAUAUGUUGUGUCUUCAAAAUGGAAGAUUCGAUCAUGCAGAUAGAAUGUUCAAUUGUGUGUCUGACGUUUGGAGAAAUGUUAUGGUAAAUAUGUCAGAUUUCAAAGAAGUAAUUCCGUCAUUUUAUGAUAUAUCAAACAAAGGCGAUUUUUUAAUAAAUGGAUAUGGUAUUGAUUUUGGAUAUCGACACGAUGGAACGAAAGUUGGAGACGUUGUUCUCCCACCUUGGGCUGAAGGUCCUUCAGAUUUUGUACAUAAAUUACGCAGCGCAUUGGAGAGUAAUUGGGUUUCGGAAAAUUUACAUAAUUGGAUUGAUUUGAUUUUUGGUUACAAGCAAAGGGGAGAAGAAGCGGAAAAGGCUAAUAAUGUGUUCUUUCAUUUAUGUUACGAAGGAGCUGUGGAUUUAGAUACGAUUCGCGACGCAAACGAUCGGCAUGGAAUUGAAGUGCAAAUUAUGGAAUUUGGACAGGUUCCUAAACAAGUUUUUACAUUGCCACAUCCAAAACGACAAAUUUCACAUGAUUUUAUUCGGUCUGAAACUAUUUUAACUCUUCCUAAAUGCACAUCGAACGAAAAGGAGAAUAAUGAAAUUUUAUUAAAAGAAUCUAUGAAUUUUCAAUCACAUAAGGAAGGAGUUAAUUGUGUUAUUGUUUUAAAAGAAGGCACGAAUUCAAAUGAUAUUGUUUCAGUGGGAUGCGAUGGAAAUUUGAAAUUUUAUUCUAUAAAUUCGCAAAAAUUAACUAGAAGUGUUACUGUUUCUUUGCUACCUUUAUCAGCAUGCAUAUCAUAUCAAAUUUCUUCUCAAUGUAAUGUUAUUGUUAUUGGUUCAUGGGACAAUAAUUUAGUAUUUUAUGAUGUCGAAUUUGGUAAAGUGAUAGAUACAUUAUUAGGACAUGAGGAUGCAAUUUCUUGUCUAGCUUAUAGUUCGAAAUAUAAUGUUAUUAUUUCCGGUUCAUGGGACUGUACGGUAAAAAUUUGGCGAAGUUACACUUCUGGUACGAAAAUAAAAGUUGCUGAGUGUUUUGUUGCUCAACUCGAUCACGAUUGUAAAGUAACUUGUGUUAAUUUAUCUAGUGAUGAAACUUUAUUAGUCUCUGGAACAGAGGAUGGGGAAAUAUUUUUAUGGGAUAUGGAAACUUAUAAUUUGCAAUUUAAUGUUAAAGGACAUUCGGGUAAAGUGAAUGCAUUAACAUUUGAACCCGAAUCAAAUAAUAUCAUUUCUUGUGGUGUGGAUAAAGUGCUUAGUGUAUUGGAUUUUCGAACAAGUACACAAAUUUAUAGUAAAAUUUUAGAAGUUGAGGCAUUGUCCUUAACUUGGCUGAAUUCGCUUUUAUUAAUUGGCGAUGAUUGGGGAGAUGUUAGUAUUUGGGAUCCGAAAUUUAAUUGGAUUUCAAAAUUUAAUUGCCACAAUGGUCCUGUUACAUCAAUAGUCGUGACAAUAGACAAUAAAAAAGUGAUAACUGGCGGUAAAGACAGAAAAAUAAUUGUUUGGAAUAUCGAUUGAAGACAACAACUUUCAAUAAAACAAAUAGGGACGCAUGAUUUGCACCCAAAAUCCAUUACAUUAAAUUGUCAAAGCAUCGAUAUUUAUUACAUUGACUCUCGAAUACAUGGAUUCUUCAAAACGUCGACUGACCAAAACAUCGACUUGUAAAAUUAUCGACUCCUCAAAACAUCGAAUUUCCAACUGGUCGAAUUUCAAAAUGAUCGAUUUUUAACAACGUCGAUUCUUCAAUGCAUACAUUUACCAUCACAUAUCCUUAUUAAAACAUCGAAUUGUUAAUUCAUUGAAUUUCCAAAACAUGGAAUUUUCAUAGCUUUGAAUUACCAAAGCAUCGACUUGUUAUAACGUGGAUUUGUCAAAAAAUGAAUUUUUUAAUGCAUCGAUUUACAAAAACACUGAUAUUAUAAAACGUCGACUCGCAAAAGCAUCGACUUUUGUUUACAUUGAUUUUUCAAAGCACCGAUUCUCCAAAUUAUCGACUAACCAAAUCAUCCAUUUGUCAAAAUAUAGAUUUGCUAAAACAUUACAUUUUCAAUACGUCAAUUUAGUAAAACAAUGAUUUUCUAAAACUUCGACUCGCAAAAACGUCGAUUUUUCAUUACACUAAUUUUUCAAAACAUCAAUAAAUCAAAACAUCGACUUUCCAAUACACCGAUUUUUUAAAACGUCGAAUAAUCAUAGCACCUAUUUUUUAAUACACAAAUUUUUUAAAACAUUAAUUUAUUAAAACAUUGAAUUUUUAAUACAGCGAUUCUCCAAAUUAUCGACUAACCAAAUCAUCCAUUUGUCAAAAUAUAGAUUUGCUAAAACAUUACAUUUGCAAUACAUCAAUUUAGAAAAACACUGAUUUUCUAAAACUUUGACUCGCCAAAGCACUGACUUUUUAAUACAUUACCUCGUCAAAAGAACGAAUUUUCAAAUCAUCGAUUUUCUAAUGCACUAACCUGCAAAAACAUCAAAUUUCCAAUACCUCGACUUCCGAGUACAUCGAUUUUUUAAAACAUUAACCUGUCAUAACAUCAACUUUCCAAUACAUCUACUCGUCAAUGCAUCGAAUUGUCAAAGCAUAGAAUUUUUAAUACAUAGAUAUGAAAAAGCAUAGACACUUUUUUGCAUUGAAUAUCCAUUACAUCGAACUUUUUUUUUCACUAGGGUUUACUCUCUAUGUUGUUAGUAGGUAAGGUAGAUUAAGAUUG